AUGCGCACCAAGAUCCAAGAGCUAAAGAACUCCGGGCUUUCGGUGGUCAACCUCUACAACUACUGGCUCGCCCGGCGAUUGGUGCCAUUUCGGUGCCGCUGCCACUAUAUGUGGGAGUACACGGGGCAGAACGACUGCACCCUCGAUUUGGCCAUGGAGUGGGCCGAGGCUGAUUAUCGGAAGGCACUCGCGAAGAUCACCAUGGCUCCCUUCACCUGCUUUGAUGCGGAGAUGCAACUAUUCUCGGCGGAGAAGCCCGCUCCGGAGACGUGGCACGAGGUCGCCAACCAUCUGCCCCCGCUCGCUGGGAAGGAGCCCCCGGAGAUGAUCGCUGGCGAGGAGGGCAACGGAGAAGAAAUUGAGGAGGAAGAGGAGGAGACGACCUCCCCACCUGAGGGGAGGGCGACCGCUAAUCCGCCAAGUGAGCCGCAGCCCAAGCGGCUCCGCCAGACCAUCCUGGAGGGUGGCAUUAGCCUCCAGUGGCUGCUCGGCGAAGAGCUCAGGGCGGCUGAGCGAGUCCAACCGGGGGUGAAGGUCAUCCCCACUGUGAAUGCCAGGCCAAAAGUCCUGAAGAAGGCCACGCCCAUGUGGGGGGCGGCUGCGAAGAAGGCGGCCAAGAGGGUCGCCGAUGAAGCUGCAACGGCCAAGAAGGACACCGACGAAGCCACGGACACUGAAGCAGCGGUGACACGGGCGGAGGCCACAGCGGCGAAGAAGACCACGGAGGCCGAGGCGGCGAAGGUCGCCAAAACGAAGGAGACCACCGAAACCGCCAAGGCCAAAGCUGCGAGUGCUGCCGAGUCCGAGUCGUCGAAGGUGGCGACCUUGGCGGAGAAGGAGCAAGGAGAGACGGUCCAAGCUACCGCCAACCACGUGUUGACCAAGGAGCCGACCCCUCCAGAGGCUAGCGCAACGGGUGAUGCUCAGAAGAGCUCGUCGACUGAGGCCAUCGUCCGCGCCACCCGCCUAGAGGAUCUGUUGCGCACGGCGACCCAACUCCCGAUGGCGCCGCUGACGUUCGCCGAGAUGCACAAAGCUCUCGGCAAUCUUCAUGUGCAAUAG